CCCUCGGGCAAUUUCCGCGCGCGUUCAACCAAAAAUCGAAAAAUUAUGGAAGUUGAGUUAUAUAUACCGAAAAAUAGCUUAACUCUUUAGCAACACAAUGGUACCAGAAUGAAUGUUCUACGACGUUUCUACAAGAAAUUAUAGUCAUUUAUAUGAGGCUGUAGUGGUAAGAGUGGAGGCUCCUCUGACCAGCUGUACACCAACCUGUGACAGUUCCUUGAUAGGCGAGAACAUCACUAAUCCAACAAACUGUCGAAAUUAUUAUAUUUGUUUAGCAGAUGGGGAAGUGUCUGAUUUUACAGUAGAAUGUCCUAAAGAUGAAUUGUUUGAUGAUGUUUCAAAGGCUUGCGUAACUGAAGCUCAAGCUCUAUGUGCUUUAUGUGAUCCUCCAUGCAAAUUUUCUUGUCCGGCUACUACUGAUGUAGUAGUAACAGUGGCAGACCGCUAUAACUGUAGCUCCUACUAUAUAUGUGCACCAAAUCAUGAACCAGUAUUAGUCUCGUGUUCGGAAGAUACUCCCUAUUUCAACGGGAUUGAAUGCACUGCUAAUGCGUCUGAGUGUUGUGACUCGUGUUUAACAUAUUGCCCAGAUGCCAACAUAGAGAUCCCUGACCCAACCAACUGCACCAACUUUUAUUUUUGUGAUGUUAAGGGUUACCCAGACGAGUCAAACUUAUAUCACUGUGAUGUGGGUAAUUUUGAUGAAAUUGAGGGUGUUUGUUCAACAGACGCUCCAUGUGGACCAUCUUGCACAGAUGGAGGAGCUAACAGGACAACUACUACCCCUCCCAUAACUACCAAAACAACUACCAGCACCACAACAACUACCAGCACCACAACUUCUACCAUAACUACAAUCGAACCUCCCAACUGCAGAGAAUCCUUCACUUGUUAUGAAGUGGGCUACUUCCCCAAAUGUACAAACAGGUGUGAUUCUCACUACUACGUUUGUACAUCUGCUGAUAUAGGUAAUGAAGUGCCAACUACUAUGUGUAUUAACAAUAAAGUGAUUGAUCCAGACCGUAUAUUAUGUGUCAUCCUCUCUCAGUGCCCAUACCCACUUCAUGAAUAAAUUGUUAUGUGUCCCCCUUGAUCAGUGCCCAUAUCCACCUCAUGAGUAAACUGUUAUGUGUCCCCUUGAUCAGUGCCCAGUCCCACUUCAUGAAUAAACUGUUAUGUAUCCCCUUGAUCAGUGUCCAUACCCACCUUAUGAGUAAACUGUUAUGUGUCCCCUUGAUCAGUGCCCAUACCCACUUCAUGAGUAAACUGCUAUGUGUCCCCCUUGAUCAUUGCCCAUACCCACUUCAUGAAUAAACUGUUAUGUGUCCCCUUGAUCAGUGCCCAUACCCACCACUUCAUGAAUAAAUUGUUAUGUGUCCCCUUGAUCAGUGCCCAUACCCACAACUUCAUGAGUAAACUGUUGUGUCCCCCUUGAUCAAUGCCCAUACCCAACUGAGUAAACUAACAUUUUGCGCUAAAUCACCUAAAAUAAAACCUACCCUUAUUACCAAUUAAGUUUUAAUAAGUUAACCUGUUACUUGCAAAGUGUUUGAAGCAAAAGUUCUCAUAUCUGAAAAUGAACAUUUAAACCUUAUGUGAAAAUACUUUAGACUAAACGUUAGUAAUAAUCUACAGUAUGAAUGUAUACACUGAAGGCUUGUAUUAAGAAUUUUAUUAGUAAGUUGGUUAUUAUAAUGAUGGAAAACU